AUGGACAUUCUCAAAGACCCUACCAAUGAUAGAUAGGUGAAGACUCUAAAGCCUCCUCCUCAUCGACCACUCUCAAAAAAUCUGAUGUUUCCAGAUAAAUUGAAAAACAAACCUGAUUGGAAAUUAUUGAAAGAUCAUCUUUAAAAAGAGGGAAGAGUAGCAAAAGAAGAAUUAUUUAAAUUGGUUGCUGAUUGCAAUAAAUUAUUGAAAAAUGAGGGAAAUGUUCUAUAUUUGCAAGAUCCACUUACUGUUGUUGGUGAUAUUCAUGGAUAAUUUUAUGACUUACUUAAAUUAUUGGAACCCAAAGUUGGUGGCAACCCUGAGACAACAAAAUAUCUCUUUUUGGGAGAUUUCGUAGAUAGGGGAUCAUAUUCAAUAGAAGUAGUCAUUUUACUUUAUGCGAUAAAAAUUAAUUAUCCCAAUACUGUUUAUUUUUUGAGAGGCAAUCACGAAUGCAGAUAACUGACAGCAUUUUUUAAUUUUAAAGAUGAAUGUCUAUACAAAUAUGAUUAGGAAACCUACGAGAUGUUGAUGGAUUCCUUUGAUCUAUUUCCAUUGGCAUGUAUAAUAAAUUCAAAAUUUAUUGCAAUUCAUGGCGGAAUCUCACCUGAUUUAAAAUCAAUUGAAGACAUAAAGAAAUUGGACAGAUACCACGAACCACCUCGAAGUGGACUCUUUUGUGAUUUGCUAUGGAGUGAUCCAGUAGAUCAUGAUUAAGGAAACCUGGAUGGAUAAUGGAAAAGCAACGAGGUUCGUGGAUGCAGUUGGUUCUUUGGGAUUGAUGCAAGCAUGAAAUUCUUGCAGAGAAACAGUCUCAUCAGUAUCAUCAGAGCUCAUGAAGCACAACUUGAUGGAUAUAAAAUGCAUCGAUGGAAUGGUGGCUAAGAUUUCCCGGUUGUGAUUACUAUUUUCAGUGCCCCCAACUAUUGUGACGUUUAUAACAAUAGAGGUGCAGUGAUCAAAUUCGAAAACAAUACUCUAAAUAUUUAAUAAUUUUAAUAUACUCCACAUCCAUAUUUACUUCCCAAUUUUAUGGACAUAUUUACUUGGUCGAUACCUUUUGUGGCUGAGAAAAUCACUGAAAUGCUUUACAAUUUAAUCUAAGCAGGAGAUCAAGGAGAUGAUGAAGAUGAUGUUAAUUAAGAGGACAUUGAACAAUUCAAAUAAUUAACUAAUCAAAAUAAGCAGUUUAAUAAAUAACAAUCAGGAGGAUCAACUGGAAAAAGCACAGAGAAAUUGAAAAAUAAACUGAAAUUCGUUGCAACCAUGAUGAAACUCCAAAAGACACUCAGAGAAGAAAGUGAGAGUGUUAUGAAAUUGAAAGGAGCGUGUCCAGAUAAAAGAUUGCCUAAAGGUAUACUAUCAGCUGGUAAAACAGCUAUUACUGAUGCCCUUGCUGAUUUCAAUGUCGCCAAAACUGCUGAUAUAGUUAAUGAGAAAAUGCCAGCUCAAGCAUAAAUCCCUUAACAAUCUAUAUCAAUCAAAAAACCCAGUAAUAAUACACCUUAGCCCAAGAAAAAAUGA